AUGGAUAUCCUUCAACGCACGAGGCUAUUUCGCAGAAGAUUGGCUGCAAAGAAAACUUCACAAUUGCUGUCAACAGCCUCCAAGUCCGACUCAACUACGCGAGAAUCCUCGACACCCUCCGGCUCUAGCAAUGUGACGAUAACCACUUCCCCCAGCUCGGUCAGUGACAGUCUGGUACUGGAUUAUUCAGCCCUCACGGCCCCUUGUGACUACAUACGAUCAUUGCCUUCCAAAAAUGUCCGGAAGAAGUUGAUCGACGCUUUCAACGUGUGGUUCCAGUUGCCCGACGAUGCGACUACUGGCAUUGAAAACAUCAUCAGUGACCUUCAUAACUCUUCCCUCAUUUUGGACGAUAUGCAAGACAAUUCUUUGCUCCGGCGUGGACGUCCUGCGACACACUGUAUUUUUGGAAACGCCCAGUCAAUCAACAGUGCAACAUACAUGGUCUUGAGCAGCUGUCUAAUUCUCCAGCGCAUGCCGCCCCCGGGUUUAGGGGUCAUAGACGUGUUGCUCAAUGGGUUGAGAGAGCUUUCCCUUGGACAAAGCUGGGAACUCAAGUGGAAGUUCCAUCUUUCUUGUCCAUCUGUGCAAGAGUACACGGCUAUGAUUGAUGGGAAGACAGGCGCCAUGUUUGUCCUGCUGGUCCGUCUGAUGCACAGAUUCUCUCAGCACAAUCUCUCCCUCCCAGAAUUGGACCGUUUUGCAACCCUGUUGGGCCGCUUUUAUCAAGUGCGAGAUGAUUAUCUCAAUCUCCAAAACGAUAGUUAUUCAGAGCAGAAGGGGUUUUGUGAGGACUUGGAUGAAGGAAAAUUCUCCUUUCCGAUCGUCUCGUGCUUCAACUCUGACCCCGUUGCGCGCGAUAUCAUCAUUGGCAUUUUCCGGCAGAAUGGUAACAGUGAAAGUACUCUCUCCAAAAACACAAAGAUAUACAUCCUUGGCCUCAUAAAGAGAUCCGGAGCAUUUGAAGCUACUCGGGAGCUAUUGGAUCGCUCCAUGCACGAGCUCAGGGCGGCACUUUCGAGUCUCGAAGAGUCAACCGGCCAGAAGAAUCCCGGAUUACGGGCUAUCUUGACAGCUUUAUCCAUGUUCUAG